GCCACCCAGGUGAUCGUACCGAGUGACAGCCCUGCCAAUGGCUCCGCCCACUUCUGGCUGCCUAUGGGUGAGUGAGCGAGCGUUGUUGUCUGUAUUAGCUGUCACCCGGAAUACUUGCUGUGGCGCUUGAUUUCAGAAUUCUAUGAUCACAUCCUAAAGAAAUCUCCAAUUGCCCGACACUGUACACCGUGACCUCAAGGAAACUGUAUUAUAUAUGCAGGCUUUAUCCACACAACCGUAAAAAAACACUUAUACAAGUGCUUUUUAAUUACGGAUCUGAAUGCAGGUGGUACAGUUUUCAAUGGAACCAUUCACACAGAUGAUUGUAAACCUGCUGCUCCAAAACAGAUGUACCUCUAAGUAAUGUCCGCGUUGCUGGUAUUGGAUACAUAUCUUUAUUUGGUAACUUCCAGAAGAAGUAGCUGGAAAAAAGCUGAUUUAAAACUUCUUUACCACUGCUGUCCAAGAAAUUGCUAUACAAGUGUUAGGACAAAGCAAUGCAAGCUGCUACUCGGAAAAGCUGAACAAAGGAGAUUCAUUCAUACUAAUAACCAAACCAGUGCAUACCUAAAACAUUUUAAAUUUGGCACGGCUUCUUCAAAGGCAUUACCGUUGGCAAAGAAGUCUAUGUCACGAAUCAAGAAUACUUUAGACUCUGUCAGUAAAGCUGUAUCGAGCACCCACAGUGAUUUAAUUUCACGGAUUGUACGGCCAAAGCCAAAUGCAGCUAGUGUUGGCAAAGAAGAAAAUGUCCAGGUAGCUAAAGUCAGUGCCACACAGGGUGACUUUCCUGAAGAUAAGACCAAGGACAAUGGUAAAGAACCACUGAUAACUACUUCUACAGGAACUACCUCUCAUCUCAACCAUCCCGUCCCAGUAGACUCUCCGCAUGAAGUCACUGACUCUUGGCCAAGCCUCUUCCAUCCUAGCAAUCUCUCUACUAACUUUGGGGAAACAUACAAUUUCCUGGCCAAUCAUAUAAACUCCUACUUUGCUCAAAAUACCAGUAUGGAGAAGAAUAAAACUGCACUAGAUGACAAAAACCAAAUUAUUGAAAUAAAUGGUUCUAAAGAAGACCUUUCACCUACAAGAGAGGAGGUGUCCGUUUCUACCAAAAAGAGCAUUUCGAACUUUCUGUCUAAUCAGUCCACUAAUGUUCAUGCCUUUGUGGGAAGUUACCUUGGGGGCCUUGUUCCAAAACAGAAAGCAGAACAGAAGAACAUGAUAGAGGAGAAAGGGAAAAAACAAGAGGUAGAGGAUUCCCAGAGCAAAAAUGAGCAAGAAAUAACUAAAGAGAAGACUGUGGAUGACAAAGCCAAGAGACUAUCUCUACAGAGGGAAAAGAUUAUUGCUCGGGUGAGUGUGGAUAAUAGGACAAGAUCCCUGGUUCAGUCAUUAAAAAGAGCCUCUGACCGGAGACUGUGCAUUAAUCGCGUCGAAGAGCUGAGCUGCCAUCUUCUGGAGUUUCCUGAAACAAGAGGUGUCGCGGUGAAGGAAAUGGUGGUUCCUUAUUUAUUGAGGCUCCGACAAGCACAUGAUGAAACCCUCCAGGCGGCUGUAAGAGAAGCCUUAGCGUUGGUUGGUUAUAAUGAUCCGGUUAAAGGUAGAGGAAUUCGGGUACUCACCAUUGACGGUGGAGGAACUAGAGGCAUAGUAGCUCUACAAACUCUCCGUAAGUUAGAAGAACUUACAGGAAAACCGAUCCAUCUUCUCUUUGAUUACAUUUGUGGUGUUAGUACAGGAGCUAUACUGGCCUUUAUGUUGGGUUUAUUUCAUAUCCCACUGGAUGAUUGUGAGGAAAUGUAUCGUAAACUGGGAAGCGAUGUCUUCAAACAGAAUGUUAUUAUGGGAACAGUAAAGAUGGGCUGGAACCAUGCCUAUUAUGACAGCGAAAUGUGGGAAAAAUUGCUCAAGGAAAGAAUGGGUUCAGACCUAAUGAUUGAAACGGCAAGAAAUCCUCAUUGUCCCAAGGUUGCUGCUGUGAGCACCAUCGUUAAUACAGGAAUACCUCCAAAAGCAUUUGUGUUCAGAAAUUACAAUCAUUUUCCGGGUGUUAAAUCGCAUUAUUUAGGAGGGUGUCAAUAUAAUCUGUGGCAAGCUAUCAGAGCAUCUUCAGCAGCACCUGGGUACUUCCAGGAGUAUGUACUUGGAAAUGAUCUGCAUCAGGAUGGAGGAUUGCUUAUUAACAAUCCAUGUGCACUGGCCCUUCACGAAUGUAAGUGUUUGUGGCCAGACGUGCAAUUCCAGUGUGUGAUCUCUCUUGGCACAGGACGUUAUGAAGGUGAGGGCAAGAGCACAGCAACACACACAAGUCUGAAAGCCAAACUGUCCAAUGUGAUCAGCAGUGCCACUGAUACAGAAGAGGUUCAUAAAAUGCUUGAUGCCCUGCUGCCACCGGACACCUACUUCCGUUUCAACCCAGUCAUGAAUGAAGAUGUACCACUGGACGAAAACCGCAAGGAAAAGCUUAACCAACUGCAGUCAGACGGUCAACAAUAUCUAGAUCGCAAUGAAGAGAAACUUAAAAGAGCUGCCAAGGUGCUGAAACAAGAAAGAUCAACAUUGCAGUAUAUUUCUGACUGGUUUAACUUAAAAUCAAACAUGUAUGAAGGCCCACCACUCUUUUCUAAACUCUAAAUCUUCAUCUAUAACAAAGAUGCUUGUCCAUGAGCUGAUCUCUAGUUUCCUAUUCAUGAUAAACGGCACCAACUGAUAGGGGACCUAUAAUAUAUAGCACAUUAUCAAGGGGCUGUUUACAUAAUCUCUGAUAGCCAGACGUUAAAGUCAUCACUGAGCAGAUUACUGUAAUGACUGAUGCCUAGAUAUAACUUGAAGGGAAAGACAGGAUAUCAUUACUUUUACAUUUAAAGCAUAUUUUCAAUUGGCGGGCACUGUAUUUCAGAGGAAAUAGGUGUAUAUAUUGUAAAUACUGACUAGCUGACUUUUAUUAUAUUUUUAUUGAUUCAUUGGA